AAUUUUAUAAUUUUGUUACAAAUUUAACUAACAAGAAGAAAGAGUGUGUUAAAAUACACAAAUGUGAAUAUACAUUAAAAAGGGUUUUGUUAGCCUGUGAAAAGCUUGUCACUCCCUUGGUUCAAGCUCCCCCAUCCAUUCACUUCGAUUCCACCGCACAUUUCUCAAACCCUUCCUUUCUUCUUAACAAUGGAGGGAUGACCCCUCACUCUUUUCACUCGCCGCCGCCGCUCCCCAUGGCACGCCAGCAGAAGGUCCUGCGCCGCUCCCCGCCGGUGACCAGGUGCCGGGAGGGCUGCCGUGCAGGAGAGGUCGCAGGAAAUGCAACUGCGGCGUGCGCCGCCGUGUGCUGCUGCGUACCUUGCACAGUGAUGGACGUGGUUGUGCUUGCGGCGUACAAGGUCCCCGCCGGUCUCGUGAGGAAGGCCAUGCACAAGAGGAAGCGACGCCAGUUGCAGAAGAAGAACAAGAAAACAGAGGCUCUCUUGGAUCACCGGCCCGAUGGUGUUUCUGGGCUCGAUGAUGUUUCUGGGCCCAGGCCCUCUCUGGAGGAAAACCUCUCGGAAGACGUGGCGGAGGACACUAGCAAGCUGGAGGAGGAGAUGUGGGCCCAGUUUAACGGAACGGGCUUCUGGAGAAGCGAUUCUCAGCGCCUCGAACAACAACGACAACAACCCACUGCGGAAUGCCACUGCCAGGCCCAAUGAUUUCGACAUUUGCGCGCAAAUGAAACGAAACCAUUUUGGAGCGUGAGGUGGACGCGCGAUGAUUUGUGUGUGCAUAAGACAUUGAUUAAUGAAGUAUAUUGGGUUUAGUGAAGAUUAAUUUUUUUUUCUCCUUGUAGUUGUAGUUAGGAAGGGUACGUAGAAAGUAGGUAUUGGCAUGAUAAGUUUGAGGUGGGGAGAGUAAUGAUGUAUUCAUUUUAAGGUUGAGAUUGAAAUAGAUUAAUGUUGUACAUAUUUCUUUUUCAAAACGGGAGGAGUAGGUCAUAUAACACAUCAAAAA